AUGUCGGACUCUAUCGAAAUACAAACAGAAACUCUUCUGUUUUACCAAGAAAUGGCUAAAACGUCGAUUCAGCUCAUGGAACGCUGGAAAACCGACAAAACACGAAUAUGCGAAAUCGAUGGACUUGUCGAUGAGCUGCUCGAUUACACAAAGAAAGUUUGGGACAUCGAGCAUGACCCAGGGUGGGAAAUGGAACAGAAAGAACUGAGCCCACGAGGAGAAAUACUUCAUCAGACCGUUCUCAUGAAGAAGCGGGCUUUGCAUGAAGCCAGUCUGACAAGUAACGAUCCACGAAUCAAGCAGUAUUACUGCAUCGUCUGCCAAAAUUUCUCCUUGCUCCCAUGA